UGCUACAUGUACUCUCUCACUUCUCUGAGUACAACAACUGGUGAACAGCUGAGGUCCGAGCUUAGACAGAUUAGAAACUAGAAACUAAAGUCUAACUCAGGACAGAUAAAGCUCGUCUGCUUUGUUGAGCCUUUUUGGUGAAAGUGCCAAAUCGACCGUGCGUAAUUACGCAUAACAACAAAGAAAGAACAAUGAGUGCCACAGCCGCUAUGGAAGUGAACGCCGAAGCCAGACGGAUCCUGGCAGUGUCGAUAAGCAAGCUGUACGCGUCCAGGACCCAGAGGGGAGGACUGAGACUCCACCGGAGCCUCCUGCUCUCCCUGGUCAUGAGGUCUGCCCGGGACAUCUAUCACUCCUCCCGGGAGAUCGAGGGGCCAAGCGGCGCGCAGCCAACAUCGGAGGAGCCGAUGGAUACCAGCUCCAGCCCGGAGGAACAUACUGUGCUCCCCGAGCCUCAGCCUGAGCCCCAGCCGGCACUGAACUCAUCCGAGCCGCCCGCAGAGGAGCCGGACAGCGCGGACGAAGGGUGUGAUAGUGAUAGUGACAUCACAGAGGACAAAGAGAACAUGAGCCCAACGAGGCAGUCCAGGAAACGCCGGGGCAAGGCGUCGGCGGCGCCUGACUUCCUUCCCAGCAAGAGGGCGAGGCUGGAGCCCGGGGAGGAGAGGUAUGCGGCCCCGCUGGGCAGCUGUCGCGCCGGGGCCGGGGAGUCCCUCACUGCUUUGUCUCUAAAUCGGGUUAUACCUGCCUUCUGAACAGAUGGAGGGAGAAAAUAGCCUCCAAUGGGACUUUGGAGUGAUUCUGAACUCCUCGUUAACCUGAUAAGGGCGGUUUGACCCCCCCUUUGCGCACCAAGGCGCUGACCUACAUCGGCGGCCCCGGGACAGAGGGAUUACCGGGGCCAUGGUGCGAGCUCUCCGGUCGAUCUGAGCGUGCCUGCUGGGCCGGUGGAGCCCAUUUCAACAAGCAGAAAAGGAGAAGAAGAAGAAGAAGCAGGCCUGAGGGAGCUACGGGCCGGAAAGUUUGAGGAACCAACUGAAGGGGAACUGGUUGCGUUACUUUUGGUUUCCCGGUGAAUCACCUUCAGUAAAAUGAGUCCAAACAAGUGACUGGCGCUGACUCAAAGUGUGUGUAUGUGUGAAUCAGCAGAGAGUGACAUGAGUCAGUCAGAGAAGAAAUGAAGUGGUAAACGGUUGACCACAAAACAGCACACGCACACACACUCUCUCUCUCUCACACACACACAGAGGCAGGACUUCAGGGGAAUUUCCUGCCUUUAUACCGGGACUUGAAAGAGGAAGGACAGUUGGGGCAGACUCACUGCCACACAAACACACAUUCAACUGCUGCUGUGGACUUUGAUAAAUCAAUACUACUGCUAGGGGACUUUCCUGUAAACUGUUCACAUGGUGCUUUGAGAAAAAAAAAACAGGCUGGUAUUGGAUGCCAUUUAAACCUUGUGUUUUAUGUCACUAAAAUGCUUCAUGUCAAACCUGUGAAAAAAAAUAUUACCUCACAUUCCAAGCUGCUUAUUUAAUCUGUGUGAUUAAAUUAAUGGUGUAAAUAUUUGUAAUAAAAAGCUGAAAGCGUA